CGGUUUUCGGAAAAAGUAAUUUUCACACGUUCGUUCGAUCUUUUUAUAGCAGAGUGUAGAUGCAUUGUUGUGUCACCCUCAAAUGUUUUGGCCUUGCUUCGCCGAACAGCUGAUUGCAACUCAAAACACGACAUUGUUUACGAAACUUAAAACCGGCGAUUAGUCGUUUUAGUUCUACGAAUUUCUGUUUUAUUUUACUAAAUAUGUGACAACGUUAUUGUAAUUCAAAAAAAAUUUAAGGAAUGUUCAAAAUGAUAUCCGUUUUUCGGGUCAUCGGAAAAGUUCAUUCGUCUGUCAGUUUCAGAAGGUUACCGGCCCGCUUUCUGAGCGUAUCCUCCACAUUACAAUCAGAGGACAUCAUCUACGAUCAGAUUGCGGUUGAUCGGAUUCGAAACUUCAGCAUCAUCGCUCACGUGGAUCACGGUAAAAGUACCCUCGCGGAUCGACUGCUAGAGUUGACGGGAACGAUAAGCGCCCAAGCUGGCAAUAAGCAAGUGCUGGAUAGUCUGCAGGUCGAAAAAGAACGCGGUAUUACGGUGAAAGCCCAAACGGCUUCUCUAAUCUACAAGCACAAGGGUCAGCAGUUCCUGCUGAACCUCAUCGAUACACCGGGCCAUGUGGAUUUCUCAAAUGAGGUUUCACGUUCGCUGGCCGCAUGUGACGGAGUGGUGCUGCUGGUGGACGCUAACGAGGGAGUGCAAGCACAAACGGUAGCAAACUAUCACUUGGCGCGCUCGAAAAAGUUGGUUAUCGUUCCGGUGUUGAAUAAAAUUGACUUGAAAAAUGCACGCCCGGAGGCAGUCGCUCAGGAAUUGUUCACACUGUUCGAAAUUGACCCGGAUGAGGUGCUCAAAAUAUCCGCAAAGCAUGGAACGGGUUGCGAGGAGGUGUUAAAAGCUAUAAUCGAAAGAUUACCGGCACCUGAUGCCAAUCGAAAUGCGGAUUUUCGAGCUUUGAUAUUCGAUAGUUGGUUCGAUCGGUACCGCGGGGCUUUGAAUCUUAUCUAUGUGAAAGAUGGGAUGGUGUCUGUCGGUCAGGAGAUUGCUUCUUGCCAUACGGGGAAAUCGUAUGAGGUGAAGAGCUUAGCUCUUCUGCAACCAGAUGAAAAACCGCUUCAGCGGUUAGUUGCUGGUCAAGUUGGAUUGUUGGGGUGUAAUAUGAGAACUAGUAAGGAAUCCAACAUAGGCGACACACUUUAUCUGAAGAAGAACAAAACGUGCAUUCCGUUGCCUGGAUUUAAACCGCAACAGCCGAUGGUGUUUGCUGGUGUUUAUCCCGGAGACCAAUCGCAGCAUCCGUACUUGAAGAGUGCCAUCGAGAAAUUGGUGCUGAAUGAUUCAGCGGUUACGGUUAAUCCCGAUUCUAGUCCAGCAUUAGGUCAAGGCUGGCGGCUGGGAUUUUUGGGACUGUUACAUUUGGACGUUUUCAGUCAAAGACUGCAGCAGGAGUACGAUGCGGAUCCUAUUUUGACGGCUCCCUCAGUGACGUACAAAAUUCAUCUCAAAGGAGUCAAAAUUAUAGCAGCCCAUGGAGGGAACGAGAUUAUCUACGUCAGCAAUCCGGCUCUUUUUCCGGACAAGUUUCAGGUGGAAGAAUAUUACGAACCAUUUGUGCUUGGUACUAUAAUUGCACCGACAGAGUGCACUGGACCUAUUAUUGGGCUGUGCGUGGAGAGGCGUGCCAUCCAGAAAACGUCGAUUAAUAUUGACAACGAUAGGAUUAUGACGACCUAUUUGAUGCCGUUGAAUGAAAUUGUGGUGGACUUUCAUGACCAGCUUAAAUCGAUUAGUUCCGGAUAUGCGAGUUUCGAUUAUGAGGACCACGGGUAUGUGGCAAGUGCUUUAGUCAGGAUGGACGUUUUACUCAACGGUACGAUGGUGGACGAACUGUGCACGGUGGUACACAUUAGCAAAGCUCAUUCACAUGCUCGGGAGCUGGUGCUCAAGUUAAAGGAGCUAAUCCCCAGGCAGAUGGUGCAGAUUGCUAUUCAAGCGGUGGUAGGAGGAAAGGUGGUAGCCCGUGAAACGCUGAAAGCGUAUCGUAAGGAUGUUACAGCUAAGUUGUAUGGUGGUGACGUUACCAGGCGAAUGAAGCUGCUCAAGCAACAGAGCGAGGGAAAGAAAAAAAUGCGAGCCAUUGCGAACAUCAACGUGCCGAAAGAUACGUUCAUCAACGUUCUUAAGCGAUAGCGAAAUCGGCGAACUCAGGUACGUGGAUAGUUGAUGAAUUAAAAACUAGAUAGGAGAUAUAUUACUAUAAAUUGAUUCUCCUAAGUGUUAACUUCUUUCGUGAACAAGCCUAAUUAUUGUGGUCUUAAAAGU